AUGCUAUCGUUCGUUCUCCUGGCGGCAUGCCUAGUUGGGCCGUCUCAGCAAGCAGCUGUGGGCAGUCGGCAGGUCGACAAUGCGAACCUUCCUCCUCUAAAGUUCAAUGCGAAUGGAAAGUUCCAAAUCACGGUGUUCUCUGACAUGCAUUUUGGCAUGUAUUCUUGGCUUCCGCGUGGUCAAAAGGAGGACAAAAAGACGUCCAAAGUCAUGAAUGACAUCCUUGAUUAUGAGCGCCCUGAUCUGGUCGUGAUGAAUGGCGACCUCAUCAACGGCGACGGCACGUUUGCUCAUAACAGCACUCACUACAUCGACCAAAUCGUCAAGCCCAUGGUGGAUCGCAAGCUUACCUGGGCUUCCACGUACGGCAAUCACGAUCACCAGCUCAAUCUUCCAGCCGAGGGCGUUUUCGAGCGCGAGCAUUUGUGGCCGGGCUCCCGCACGCGCAGGAUGGUCCCCGGUCUCGCCGCUGGCGUGUCAAACUACUACCUUCCCGUCUACCCAGCAACCUGCGACAACGAAGAGAAGUGCACUCCAGAGGUUCUUCUGUGGUUCUUCGACAGCCGUGGCGGAUAUUACCACAGCAGUGUCGAAAAGACCCGAACUCCUCAGCCCAACUGGGUUGAUGCCUCCGUCGUGGAGUGGUUCAAGAAAACAAACGCCGAAUUGAAGUGCCGGUACCGCAAGAUCAUUCCGUCACUCGCCUUUGUCCACAUCCCCAUCAAUGCCACGGAUGCGGUGCAAAAGUACUGGGACCCGCAACGCAAUCCAGGCAUCAAUGACGAAGUCGGCGUCGCCAUGCAAGGCCAGGGAUGGUGUCCCGAGGGAAAGCAUGACUGGCCUCGCUGCAAGUAUGGUGGCCAAGAUGUCCCUUUCAUGCAGGCCCUCUCAAAAACAAAGGGGAUGAUGGGGUUGUUCUAUGGCCACGACCACGGAAAUACCUGGUGCUACAAAUGGAACGGUGACAUCUCUGGCAUGCCGAUAACCGGCAACGGCAUGAAUCUCUGUUUCGGUCAGCAUACAGGCUAUGGAGGGUAUGGCGACUGGAUCCGCGGCGCUCGAGAACUCAUCAUAUCUCAAGACAAGCUCAAGGACCGCGUGUUCGAGUCCCACAUGAGACUAGAGACUGGCGAAGUGGUGGGCUCUAUUGUCUUGAACGCCACCUACAACCGCGAUGUUUAUCCGACGACUCCGAAUCAGAAAACUUAUCUUUGA